AUUCUGGAAGAGAAAAAGGCAGGCUGCUCCUGAAACGACAGGGGAACCUGAUAAAAUCAGUGACAGCAGCACAGGUAAGGAAUGUGGUGAAAGCUCCCAUCAGGUAAAAAACACCACUGAAAAGAUCCCAGCAGACCUGAGUUGGGACACUUUGAUUAUGGAGCUUCUGGACCAAGAGAGUGGAUGGGAGCAUGUGUUUAACAGUGGAGUCUGCGGUGGAAAAACAAUAGAAAAUCAAACUGAGACUACAGACUGCUUCGGGUUUCCAAACAUCGGAAACACCUGCUACAUGAACUCCUGCCUGCAGAGCCUCCUCAACAUUGAGGACUUCAUUAGAGACAUCAGCCGUCAGGAGGUUUUGUGGAGCGCAGUCCCAGAAGCUCAGCUCUUAAGAAGGCUCACUGACAUCAGGGACUGUCAUGACUCAACAGAUUAUGGCCUUAAAGAUCACCACCUGAGAUCUUUUAAGAAGGCAUUCAGCAGUCAAGCUCCUGAAUACACAGGCAGUGCACAGAAAGAUGCUCAUGAAUUCCUAACAUUGUUCCUCAAUGAGGUCAAAAGGCUCUCCCUCACCUGA